GAUGAAAAUUUGCAACAGCUCGCACAAUCUACAUAGAGAUGGAAAUGAACCAGUGCGUAGCUGCACUCGAAGGUGCCUGCCGAAUGCUGGACCGGCGUCCCUUCACUGUUGUAUUUCAACAUCAACGAACUUCUUUAGCUUUAGGAAAAUAGAGAAUACUUCUGGCCUAGAAUUCAAAGUCGGUUUUGUCACUUCGAGUAGAUGAGGUUUUCGUAAUCUUCAGGAUGUCGAUCUCGAGGUCGGUAAUCGUGAUUCUUUCAUGUUGAGGAUUCGGAAAAAAGGCACCACAUCAUAGUUAUUUGAAACUUAAUCGGGAGCAAAUUGAAUAAAUGCACGAAUAUGUCCCAAUUAAUAUGAUAUCAGAGCGAGUGAACAGAGGGCAGAGGUGGACUGACUGCCCCAAAGAAAGUGUAACCUGAAGGAAUUUUCCAAAAAUAGGUCGAAGCGUCGACAACGGUCGAGAUAGGACUACCGCACUAGAAGUUGCGCAAUUGACAGAAAGUGAACCUUACAAUAAUAUUCGAUCAUGUUGUUCAUGAUAUUAUCUUCAUCUACGUGAAAAAACAAUUUAGCAACGUCGGUGUAGCAUCUAGCUUGGGAGUGCGAACAAUUAUAGCUGUGCGGUGCAAUUCGAAUCACAAAUAAGCACCAAAAACGACGGCCUUUAGGAUUAGGAAGUUGCAUGUCAAUUUUCUCAUCGAUGCCGCAGGCGCGGUAUCGGCGCCACCGGCGCCCUCCGCCUGGAGGCCCUCCGCCUUUAGUAUAGGACAACGCUUUUCAGUCUGGCGUUCGGUGACCUUUACUGCUGCGCUUCCGGUAGAAUUCACAGCGGACAAGCGUACCUAGAUAAAAACUAGGGUGGUACGCAUUAUACGACAGGAGCGGACGAGAGGACAGCGAGAAGACUUCGAGUCAAACGAAAUCGUCAUAUUCGUCAAGGCUUUCCUUGAAAACGGCGCAGCGACAACCUUAAACGCGACUGCUCGGUCUCACCAGACCCGUUCAACAGGUGGCAUCUCACAAGUGUCCAGUGCUACCAAGUGUGCCCCUCGAUCCGACUUCCCUAGAAAACACGACGAGAAGAGCAGCAUCCCUGUUGUCCUCUCGAUCCGAAGCUCCGGCUAAAAGUUAGAGAAAUUGCUUCUAGUUUUUACGACGAUCAUCACCCCGAGUUCUUGCAGGAGAAACUGCAGUUCGUCCCAAAAAUAAGGGCUAAGAUCACUACGAAGAAGUACAACGUCGAGGACAAAAGCUUCACUUCUUAGUAGUUUCCUCAUUAUAGUCCAAAUACGACUGCAACAACUAUUUCUAGUUUGUUGCGUCCUCUGUCUGGAAGGCAUAAGGUACCAUCAGCAUCAGGUGGAAACGAUCGAACAAGAUGCUGGCACACAACGCAGCUCCUCAAACGGAGUUCGUCCUUAACAGGGCAUUCUUCAUGAAAUAUCUGAGGAAAGACUGGAAAAAGGAGUUCCAAGGCAAUGCGGAGACAAAGAGUGGUACCAACUAUGUAUCGCUUUGUCUCGUUACAACUUUGCGAUUUUACUCAAGAGAACAAGGUUAAGUUUUUCUUACAGGAGGACACGACUUGACGGUUUAGCCAUACCGAUAGUGUCAUUUUUGCCUACUUGUGAUUGUAUUUGUGCUUGUUAUAUCUUUCGAUAAUUUGAGCAGGCUCCUGAAAAAGUUCAUAAUCAGUCAACAACCUGCUCGUCAUGAUUGGCAACCCUUCAUAUCUUCAGGUAAGGAAGCCCGAGUGGCUGACUUUGAUAUCUACGUAGGGGAGACAGUUGCGCCGCUUCUCGCAAUGGCGCUAGAGCAGCUUACAAAGGUGCUUUUGCAACGCUAUGAGCGACGGACUGCAGCACCACAACAGUACUAUCGCUUCAAUCCCUGUUCUUGGGUGGCUCAAUUUCUUUUGCGAAAGAAGACGAGUAUGCUCUACAUGGCACGGAAAGAGAACAGUUUCGCGGAUUGGGCGGAUUAUGAAAAGGGGAGGAGAGAAAUGCUUAGAAAAAGAGGACAGAUACAAAAGGUACUAUCUUCUUACCUUGAACUUGUUCAAGCGAAGCAGUUAUAGCCGAAGGUUCUUACAUGACAUGGAUGAUACUAGUAUGUUGACAUCACCAUCACGAUCUCUUUCUUUAAACUUUCCCUUCAUCCUGGCCCACAUACACAUUCUCAUUCUUCUCAACGACUUGCUUUUCAGGUCUUCGCAGGUUUUCAAAAGGCGGGCAAGGUGCAAGUGAGCGAGAUGCCGAGGUUAGUGGCUGCAAUAGACGAGACGCUUCAAUUAGAGGGAUAUCUGAAAAACCAUGAGAUAAUACCCGCUUCAUGGAGCAUGAUCGAGGAAGCAGACGGAACAACAAACUUUCAGACGUUCUGGAAGUGGUUCGCGAGGAAGGUCCUAGCGGAAGACCUAAUGCGAUAUAGCAAGUUAAAAGUUGGUACCACGUCCUACUCCUAGAAGCUCUCGCUUGCUGGUUGUACUAGUUCACGUGUCACCUCGAAGGAAGAGCCUCAGUAGAUUGAUAAGUUGUAGUACAGCACUAGUUCUUCCAGUUCAUUGGUUCGUCAUCGUCCAUCGAUCAUCAUGAACAACACCACCAGGCACGAAUACCUUUGCGAAUCGUACUUCUUUCUACGAUACUCGAAACGUAGAUCCUCGUACUCGCAACUACAUCUAUUGCUAAUCGAAGUAACUGAAUCAUUCUCGUGAACACAGGUGAACUGAAGCUCUUAGCGCAAGAGCGGCAGGCGCAGGCUAUGCUAGAGGCGAAGCGGCAGAAGGAGGAGGAAGAGGCUCGAAAGCGUGCAUGGCGCAAGAAGUUUGAGACUCACGUUGAGAUUCUGAAGGCUGAAGAGUGGAUAUCAAAGAUUUUGGAGAAUAGAAAGAUGAUGCUCACAGGCGAGGAGUACCCAGGCGGCGCACAGAAAGACGACGAGGCACCACCACGGGGCCUUCAUGUGGUCAUCCUCCGUGAGUUCCUAGAAUUCCUCAAACUCAUACCCGACCAAGAAAUGGAGAUAGAAGCUAUCAACUCAGCGAAAACGAUAGGUACCUUCAACAUACGACUAGAACUACCCGUCCUGGACGAAGUAGAUUUUCCUGCAUGACCCAGCGAAGAUUUCUUUUUGUGAAAGUACUUCCGUUGUUCUUAGGAACAAGUCAUCUUGUUCUUGGUCUUCAACCACCCACAGACGAAGCGUUCGAAGAAGCACAAGACGCGUGGAAUAUCACCGCGCAGCUUGGUUGGGAGCUGUGGCAAGCAAAACUAAGGCUCCAGCUCAUUGACGGCGUAGUGGAUCAAAACUCGCUCUCGAAACUCUUGGAGCUCGAUGCAAAUGCAGCAAUGCAGAUUGGUAUUUUUGACUUUCAAAUGGAUUCGACGAAUGAGAACAAUGAGCAAAAAUAUUAUUGGUGGCCUUAGCCCUAAAGCUCGAUAUAUUUCAUAAAAUAUGUAUACGACGCUUGAAAAAUAGGAAACAAAGGUGGCACACCGUCAAGCACACUUCCAAAUCUACUACGCUGUCAAAUAUACUACACACAGCAAAGCAAAUCCCGGAGCUGAAGGCACGUAGAGCUGCAAUCAAAGCUGACGAAAAAGUGGCGUUCGAGGAUUUGGAGGGUGCAGAAAAGGAAGAGGAACCAAAGCCGAGCAUGGAAGACCUCUGUGUCAUGUACGGACUCACGAUGGCGAGGUAUAUCAGGAUUUUCUAAGUACGUUGAAUUCCGCUAGUUCAGCACGUGAACAAGUUCGUCCUUUCGCCGUUUUUAUUUUCAUCAAGUUGUUGAUCUAUUUCUAUCAUUUACCACUGCAGCAAAAAAAGAACCAAAUGAUCAAGCGGCUUCCGUACUCACGCGGCCUCGCAUGUCGACUUUCAAUAUUCUCGUCUUUCAACUAUAACCUUACAGGAUAGAAUGGUUGCAUGGCCAGUUCAAGUCAUUUUUGCCAGACGGACAAGAAGACAACUAUCCGGAGGACCCUUAUGGUAUGUCAAAGGACACUAUGCGGAGGCUUAUGAGCGACCUUAUUCCAGGGAUGGACGACGACGAGUAAGAACUGUUUGUGACUUUGAGCUCCUUUGUAUUUUGGUUUAUGUUUGUCCUCGUUAGCAGUCUUCAAACAUAAUUAUGCUGUUGGUGUCUGAUGACGUCUAGUAUGAAUAUGACAGACUGUUCUCUCAAUCUUAUUAAUUUGGUUGGAGAUCGACGACUUGUUCCGGCGCACUGGCGUCGAUCUUUGUGACUACAGAAACUGAGCAAAGCAACCAUUGAACAACAGGUUCGAGUCGAAAUUUCAAGAAAUCGAUUUGGAUGGCGGCGGCGAAAUUGAGUUUGACGAGUUUGUUGAAUGGCUCUCUAAGGAGACCAUUCAGCUUGACAUUAACGCCGAAGACGUGGGCAAGCCACCAUUUGAACAGCUGGCGAAGCGUCAUAACAUGGACCUCGAACAGAUUCAGAAACUCUACGAACAGUUCUGCUCAUUCCUCGAAGAAGGCAUGGAAGACAAGUACCCAGAGGACGCAGGAUCACUAUCCAAAGAAAAGAUACGAG